CAGACCAGACCUGAUCCUGGACAAGUCUCACUUUGGGAUCAGUUUUUCCGACUUCUCCUGGGCUCAAAGUUUGGCGCUGGUUUGAAAUGGAAUAUAAGGAGUUUGUGGCAGACGCAUGCUGAUACUCUGAGCAGUAUUAAGCCCCGCCCUCUCAUCAUGGCUGGUCCAAUCACACGUCGACUCUUUCUUCCUCUCCUCCUCCUGAGUGUGGUGUCCCUGUGCCUCUCUGCUGCCCCCUGUCCACGCUCCUGUGCAUGUCCUCAGCCCACUGAACUCCACUGCACCUUCAGAUCUCUGCUGGCUGUGCCCAACAACAUCCACCGCAGCGUCGAGCGGAUUAACCUCGGGUUUAACAGCAUCAGUAGUCUCUCAGAGAAGUCUCUCUCAGGCCUGACCCGACUGGAGUUACUACUGGUCCAUGGGAAUGACCUGCACUCACUUCCUGAUGGAGUGUUCAAGGACCUCUCAGCUCUGCAGAUGCUAAAGCUAAGCUACAACAAACUGCGCGAGGUAAACCGUCACACGUUCCUGGGUCUCUGGUCUUUGGCGAGGCUUCAUCUGGACCACAACAGUCUGGAGUCCUUAGACCCGGACACAUUUCAUGGACUCACAAAUUUGAAACUUUUACAACUGGAAGGAAACCGAAUCAAACAACUCCACCCGGCCACCUUCACCACGUUUACGAUACUGGAACGAUUUCACCUGUCGACGUUAAAGCACUUGUACCUGUCCAACAACAGCCUGAGCACGAUCCCAGAGGAGCUGCUGGAGACUAUGCCACAGUUGGAAAACCUGUUUUUACAUGCGAACCCCUGGAUCUGUGACUGCAGCGUCAAGUGGAUCCACAAAUGGCUCCAAACGGCUCCAGGUGUGCUGAAGUGUAAAAAGGAUCGAGCUCUACCUGGCGGUCAGCUGUGUCCAAUCUGUUCUUCUCCAAAGAAUCUCCACCAACAACCUCUUGAAGCUCAGGACAGUCUGGUUUGCACGAGUCCUGUCCUCAGCUCCAAACACUCGUCACAGUCUACACCUGAGCAAUCCCACCACCAGCUCACACUUUUACAACAUUUUAAACAACCUUUCGGAAAUAUUUCACUUGGAUUAUCGGACGAACAUGGCAAUGACGUGGAGCUUGAAUGCAGCAUCGACGAACCAAAAGAUACUAACAAAAUUAGCUUUGAGCAAAUCGACGAUGCUAAAAUGGUUAGCAACAUUACGCUUUCACUUGAUUUGGAUUGUGGUGUUGACAGAGAAAGAUACGAACGUCUAUGGAGAUUGAUUGCGUAUUACACUAGCGUACCAGCGCAUUUGAAAAGAGGAAUUAUGCUAACAAAAGAUCCUUAUCCUACCUAUGUUUACAAGCAGGAUUCGGAUAAGGAUGCGUUGUAUUACACGGGAGUGAAAGCUAACAUUAUGGCGCUACCGUCUUGGUUAAUGCAAUCAUAUACAGAUUUACAGCUAAACAGGCAAGGUUCCUCCGGAAAGAGAGUUAAGCUAAGUUUAACAACGCAAAUAUCGCAAAAUUUGGAAACAGAAAUGAUUCAAAGACAAGUUAGAACAUGGGUUAUAAUUGAAGAAGCAAAUCUGAAUUUUAAAACGGCAAUAUUAAGCAAAGAUUUUGACUUGCAAUGUAGCGUGCAAAGUUCUGGUGAACCUGUUAUAACAUGGAUACUGCCAGAUGGGACUAAAAUAGUGGCUCCAAGUGACAAUUCUGAUGAAAGAUUGUCUAUUUCUGCAGAUGGUAAGCUUCAAAUCAAAAUGGCCGAACAUAAAGAUGCUGGGAAUUACUACUGUGUUGCUAAAGCUGACGAAGAUGUUGCGAUUUCACCGUUUUAUGUUAGCAUACAAGAUUCAUCCAACCCGCAACCAGGAGAGGACCAAACUACUACACCUGUUGAGUUAGUGGCUGGGAAUUCACUAAACCUAGAUUGCAAUGGUUUUGGUUCACCUGAUCCCGAAGUGAAUUGGAUUAUCCCAAAUGGAAAUAUUGUAAGUUUUAAGUCCAAUACAUCAAGAGUUUCUGUUUAUUCAAAUGGAACGCUACAUAUAUCGCAAAGUGUGCCUCCUGAUAGUGGAUUUUACAAAUGUGUAGUUUUGAAUCAAUAUGGUGCAGCUACAAAAACAGCUAAAGUUACUGUGAAUAAACGUCCUGGAUUGGUUAGGCCUUUAAGAAGAUUUCCGUUAAGGCCACAAUCUGCUUCUGGGGUAAAUACAAAAAUUAAAGUUCCGAUUCCAGACUUAGAAGGAGGAUCGGGCGAUACUGAUGAAGUUAUCAAUUCAAAACCAAUACGCAAAAUAGUUCCAGGUCGAAAUGGCAUGAAUCCUUCAAGAACUCCAUGGCGUAGACCUCAGAUUAUGUUACGAAAGCCAACUUUGCAAAACCCACAAAAUGGGAGGAAUAUUUUAGAUAGUCGUAGAAGAAUGAACAUGUCAAAAACAAAGAUAAAUCCAGAAAGAUGGGCGGACAUUUUGGCAAAGAUUCGCAUCAAGAAUGGGCAAUUUAUGACUACUGCGUCUCCUAUAAUGGGAACAACACCGAAAAUGACAACGCAAGUUCGAGAGUCAACCACUUGGGGGCAAAAAGAGACAACAUUUCAACAGUAUACAACUCAAUAUUUGACAACAUUAGCAAAUGAAGCUUUUGAAGGAUCAUCAGAUGGAGUGACUUUGCAUGAGAAAGCUAGCCAUGAAUUAACCACAGCACCUAUUUUUGAACAGGAAAGUGCAGACAGCUUGCAAGCAACAACCCUAAAGCCCAUGACAUCACCAAAUCUCCCCAAUUUGCAAUUGACUACUUCGAGCAAUGUGUUUUUCCUCCCGCAAACCACUUCUGCACCAUUGCAAGUUGUCAGUUUUUGGCAGGAAAAUCUAAACACUCCAAGCAUGAGCGUAACUUAUUCCCACCAUGAGGACGGUGAAGUGAAAGGAAGCAGUGCAGCUGAUCCCAAACCACCUAAAGCUAAGGGAAAUCGCAGAAAUAAAAGUAAAAAUUCCAAAUUACAUAAAAAGGUUAAAAUGGGACAAGUACUUCCAACUGUUGACCCAGAUACAUCAAAUAGGGAGGAUGAAAUAAUACCACAAAAGCCAAACGAUGUAGGACUGUUACCAAUUGAAGCUAUUAUUGAUUUGGUUUCCCCGACAACUGCUCAAAUAUGGCACAAGCUAGCUAGUAGUACACGUCAACCAAAUUCAAAAAGACGAAAUGGAAAUCGUAAGAAAAAAACAAAUAGGCGUAAAAACAAGCUAAACAAACAUAUUCAAAAUAGUGCUGUAAUUGAUGAAACGUUUAACCUGGUGAGUGCUGGGCCUACAGAGCUACAAAGAGAUGUUUCAGCAAGUCUGGAGCCAAUUGUUCCACUAGAAAACGAUUCUACGGUAAGCAGCAUGAGCCCCGAAGCUAGAACAGAAAGUAAUACAAAAACAAAGAUACUUGAUAAUAAUCUAGUACAAGGUUUUAUUCCAACUGCUUUUCCAGAGACGAGACUGGACACGAGCCCAUCGAAAUCUAUGCAAACUUUUACAAGCCACCCAUUGCCACCUGUUAAACCUGUAUCCCAGACGCCAGUGGAAAAUGCUAUAGCACAAAGUUCCUCCGAGAAGCUAAGACACGCAAAGAGGAAGUUAAUUCAAUCGCGCCAAAGAUAUACGGCCCUCAAAGGACAGAAACAUCUUGUGAAUGGGACCAGGGAGCAGUUAGCAACGCGUUCUUCCUCACUAGCGUCCUUAACGGAGCAUAAAAUGGAGGAGAUGCACCAUUUUCAAGAUACAAGUGGUUUACUGGCCACAACAGGUAUUGAUUUUGAAGUACAAGCCGUUACAAAAAGGCCAGAAGACUCCUCGAAGGCUUUCAUUCAAGAUAAUAGACGAGAUAAUGUUGACAGUACAAGUAUAAUGGCGUCUACAACUGCUUUACCAACGACUACUUUAAAUUAUGCCCUUACCAAAAUGGCCGCCACUGAACCAAAGCUCGAACAAAGUACCAUACAAGCUAUUAGCAUCAGCAAUAGCACAAAUAAGCCACAACGACAAAAUGAAUCAGUCAUUCAUUUUAAUAUAGCCCCACCGAAAACAACUUUAACAACCCAUUUAUUGACAUAUACUACAAAACACACUCCGGGCAUUAGUCAAAGCCAGGAAGAUUUCAAUGAAGAUCAACAAAUACAAGAUGAACGGGUAAUUUUAUCCCAAAAUGCUAGCAAUCAAGCAACCAGCAUUCCUGUUAUUGUAAAUGGCAAUCAAAUCCAACCCAGUCCAACUAAUUCUAUAUCUUUGCAAACUGUUAAUGCUAAAACUACAGUAGCACCAUCUACUCCUACUAGCAUCAGCAUUAACCCUACAAAUGCUAAAACAACAAUCCCAUCUUCAUUUUUGAAUGUAACAACAAAACAACAUCCAGCUAUUAAGAUUAACCCAAAAGUUAGCGAUAACGACCUAGAAAAUGAAAGUACUUUGCUAAUUUCUUCCACAAAUUCUAUUCUAAAAUCAACCAUAAUGCCGCCUAUGCUAAAUUACGCCACACAUAAAGUUCCUAGCAUCACAACUAAUAUGAAUAUUGCAAAAGAAGAUCAAAAUUUUGAAGCUAAACCAAUGAAUUAUUCACAUUUUGCUGUACAAAAUUCAACUUUGUCUCCACAUCUAGCAAGAAAUACCACCCAACAAGCUAACAGCAUUAGCAUUAGCCUUAAACUAGACCAAGGUAAUCAAGCUAAAUUGCUAAAAACAUCUGUCACACCUAAAAUGCAUGCCACCCAGCGACCAACUCAAGCUACAUCAGCACUUUCAGAUCUUGUAACCCAGGCAUCUAACCACAGAAUGAACCAAUUUAUUAGCUCAAAUCCUAGCAUACCAACAAUCAACUUGAAGACCACCCCUGCCCCAACUUUUACCCCAUUUUUGGCUAAAUUGUGGACAGAAGAAACGCCGCAAGCUAGCACGACGUCAAAGCUACCCGCCUUAGCCACUUAUCCAAGGGGGAAGCCAAGGAUAACCAAGAGUAAUUUCCAAAUUAUGAGCGUAAAAGCUGAAACAGAUGCCAUACUUCCCUGCGCAGCCAAUGGAGAACCCAAGCCUUUCCUGUCAUGGACUAAAGUUUCAACCGGUACCAGUAUCCCCCAAAACACCAGACUGCAGCGUUAUGAAGUACAUAAAAAUGGGUCGCUCAUCAUCCGAAACAUUCAACCAGUAGACGGCGGAGAAUAUCUUUGCAGUGUUCAAAACCAAUAUGGCUCUGACGAGAUGCUAACCAACCUCGUGGUGCUCUCUCAACACCCCAAAAUCCUGCAGUCUCGGCAUCGUGAUGUUUCUGUAAAUUUGGGGUCCAGUAUUGAUUUAGAGUGCCAAGUUGAGGGCCACCCAAAACCUAAAGUAAUGUGGGUGCUACCAAAUCACGCUCAAAUGGCUGUCACGCCUUUCGGGUCAGCUUCAAAUCGGGUUAACAUUUUACAAAACGGUACUUUACGAAUUGUCCAAGCUGGUUUUUCAGAUCGAGGGAUUUACAAAUGUGUUGGGAGCAGUGUUUCAGGAGCAGACACAGUUUCUGUAAGGUUAUAUGUUUCAUCGCUGCCUCCAGUUUUUCAACAAAUGCCAAUUGAAAACAUCACGGCUACCGAAAAUGGCAUUGUCUACUUGGAUUGUACUGCUAAUGGUUCACCUCAACCUACGAUACGAUGGACUACACCACAGAACAUCAAGCUAACAUCGUCACAAUACUUAAACGGGCAUAAUUUGAUGGUUUUUCCAAAUGGCACACUUAUCAUCCAACGAUUAACCCAAGGAAAUGCCGGAAAGUAUGAAUGUUUGGCUAGCAACAUGAUGGGGACUAGCAAAAGGACAGUUAACUUGUUUGUGAAGAGUAAGAUGCAAACAGCUAAAGCUAGCAUCAGAAUGGCAUCGCCAAAGUUGACAGAAGUGGUUUACGGAGGGAGGCUAAAACUGGACUGUGUGGCUAAAGGAGACCCAGAACCAAGAGUGAUCUGGAGAAUGCCGUCCAAGAAACUAGUGGACGCACAAUACAGUUUUGACCCAAGAAUCCAGGUGCAUCCUAAUGGCUCUUUAACGGUACAUUCUGUCACGGACAAAGAUGGCGGCGAGUAUCUGUGCGUGGCACGAAACAAGAUGGGAGAUGAUUAUGUUGCUCUUGCAGUGGAGAUUUUGACGAAGCCGGCUCAAAUCGAACAGAAAAGGUUACUCUCCAGUCAGGAAGUGAUCUACGGAGGGGACCUGAAGGUGGACUGCAUCGCAUCUGGACUCCCAAACCCACAGAUCAGCUGGGCCUUACCCGACGGGACCAGGGUCAACCACGAGAAGCAGAGACGAGGGCGAAGAUAUGUGGUGUUUGACAAUGGGACCCUGUUCUUCAACGACGUGGGCAUGCGAGAGGAGGGCGACUACACCUGCUAUGCCGACAACCAGAUCGGGAGGGACGAAAUGAAAAUCUAUGUUAAGGUCAAAUCUGCCUUGUCUCCGCCACAAAUCCAAAACAGAACAGUAACUUCACUUGUUCAAGUCCUUUACGGUGAAAAUGUAACCUUACAUUGCCAUGCUAAAGGUGAACCAACUCCUACGUAUACCUGGAUAUCACCAAUGAACCGGAUUAUCGAUUCAAAUAAGGAAAAAUAUCAAGUUUUUAACAACGGAACAUUAAUUGUGCGAAGAGUUCAACGUUUUGACGCUGGGGAUUACACUUGCAUGGCUCGGAACAGCUUUGGACAAGACAACAAAAUCCUCAAAGUUGAUGUUUUGGUUGCACCGCCUGUUAUUAGCAACAACAGAAAUAAUUUUAAAGUUUCUACAUUUCAAAAUGCUAUGAUUUUACUGGAUUGUGUUGCUAAGGGAACGCCGAAUCCAAGAAUUAUGUGGGUGCUACCUGGUAAUGUGAUCCUACCCGCUCCUUACUCCGGCAGUCGGAUGACUGUUUUUCAAAAUGGCACUUUGGAAAUCCGAUCAGCUAAAACAAGCGAUUCAGGACAGCUAGCUUGUAUAGCAAGAAAUGAAGGAGGAGAGGUCAGAUUAGGAGUUAACCUUGAGGUUAAAGAAGCUAAUGCUAGAAUGCAAGUUCCUGAAACCCAAUUGGACGAUGUAUCAUUGACUGCUGGCAAUGCUAUGACUCUGAAUUGCUCAUUUGAAGGUCAUAAUAUCAAACUGAUUACAUGGGUGCUUCCGAAUGGGACUCCUUUGCUUAGUGGUGCACGUAUUACCAAAUUCUUCCACCGUCAAGAUGGCUCCUUAGUAAUUAGCAACCCUACUUUAGCUGAAGCAGGUACGUACCGAUGUUUGGGGCGUAGCAACUCUGGUCAGGUUGAGCAAUUUGUGCAGCUGACGCUCAGGAGAACACCUGAAAUCGCUAAUAGAUAUAAUUCACCAGUUAACGUUUUGAAUGGGGAUAGGCUAAUGCUACAUUGUGUUACAAAUGAGGAACCGCUACAGCUAACGUGGACGCUACCAAGUGGAGUUGUUUUGAAUCGUCCACAAAAAGCUGGGAGGUAUUCAGUCUUGCAAAAUGGUACGCUAGCGAUUCAACAAGUUAGUGUUUACGAUAGAGGUUUGUACGUUUGCAGAGCGGCUAACGAAUAUGGUAGCUCGGCUAUAUCUGUCUCUGUUAUCGUAAUAGCCUACCCUCCUCGUAUCACGAAUGGACCAAAUUCAGUGACGUAUGCGAAACGUGGGGUAGCAAUACAACUGAACUGCGCAGCCACUGGUAUUCCCAAUGUGGAAUUAGCCUGGGAAACGCCAGACAAAUCUAGGCUAGUCGUUAGCACACAACCGCGACUUUUUGGGAAUAAAUACCUUCACCCGCAAGGUUCGCUAGUCAUCCAAAACCCGACACCAAAAGAUGCCGGAGUUUACAAAUGUACAGCCCGAAACGCGAUCGGAAUGGAUUCAAAAACAACAUAUUUAAAUGUUUACUAAGAAGAACAAGUCACUGUAACUGCCCAAGAAACUGCCAAUGCAAAGUAACUUACCCAAACUACUACUGUUACGGGACCAAAAUAAAACACUCACAGUGUGCCAAAAGACUCUCAAACCAAAUGGACUUAAAGAACUAAGAGCCUAUUGGGAAGUGUUCACGUGGAAAUGAGUGAACAUGUGGAACAAACGAUAUUGAACAAGUUAAAAACAAGCCCUAAACGAUUUGACUGUGUCAGACUCUCAGCUGAAAAACAUUGUUCCAAAUCGUUAGAAUCUUUAAAAGGCAACAACAAAUAUAAGAACGAGCCAAGUAGAAAAAGACAUGCCAUUUUAAGCUGAUUUUUGUGCUGGUCCAAACAAAACCAUAUCCAAGUAAAUUCAUCAAAUUCAACACUGAAGCUUGAAGAAUAUUUCAUGUAUUUUUUAAAUCACACCCAAUGGCCAGUUUUAUUCAAGUGUUACUGAACAACUCAUUCAAAUGUUCUCACUGUAUACACCAGGCAUGGCCAAACUGUGGCCCGGGGGCCAAAUGCGGCCCACAGACCAAUUUUUCUUGGCCCUCAAGCUUCAAGGUGAAUUGGCCCAUAUUACUUUAAACAGUACUUUUACUGUACAUUUCUGAAAAUCUACAUUAACAAGUCCAUAUCAAAUAUAUAAUGUGUCGUAUUGUGGAUGUGAGCAUGAAUAAAGGUCUAGUGGUUCAGUCUAACAGAUUUGAAGUAUUCAUUGUAUUGGUGACCAGUCUAUGGCCCUCAAUCCCCUUGGCCUUUAGCUUUGUCAGUGCUUUUAUGUGUGGCCCUUAAUGAGAAAAGUUUGGACACCCCUGGUAUACACACAUGAAUUAAAGGUAGACUGUGUAACUUUUGUGCUGAGUGGGUUUCCACAGAGAUGUUAUCCCCUCUUCUGGAAUAUUCCACAGUGGUGGUUGUUGGUUGGUUGAC